GAGAGAGAGAGAUAGAGCAGCUGGAGCGCUUCAGUAUGGACCAGCACGGCCGCUGCGCGCUCUGACCGAUCGUCUUCACUCUCAUUCAGCUUGGACAACUCUCCAAACUCACAGGUUAUGCCACCCCACAGGCUGACUGGAAAUCCAGCCGUGAAAGAGAAGGGCUGAUCCCAGACCCCCGUUUUCCCGCAGCUGCGCCCCUCCCUGUCCCCAUGGCGACAGGAGGCCAUGCCCCCGAGACAGAUGUGUUGAUCAACCUGCAUCAGGUUUUGUCGGAAGAAGAGAAGGGCUCCACAGCAGGAAAAGAAGAUGAGGAAUGGGAGAAGGCCUUGUCUGUGGAGAGGUUUGGGGACAUCAUUACUGAGUCUGCCAUCAAUGGCGCAGACAAAAUGGGCCGCAGCUACAAUGAGAAAGACUUUGAGUAUCACCGGCAUACGUUCCACCACACCCACCACCCCCUGUCCACCCACCUCCCCCCGCAGCGUUUCCGCAAGAGGGUGCUCAGUAUGGACCGCAGGAGAAAGAAAAAGAGGAAGAAAAAGAAGACGUCCAUGCCUCCGUCAGAUGUCACACCCACUAUUCAAGAGGUGGACGAGGAGGAGGCGGAGUCUGAGACAGAGGGACAGUGCCAAGCAGCCACACCUACUGAGCCCUCUGAAGAGCUGCCACAGCUCAGUUUGGGGAGUGAGGAGGAUCUGGCGGCUGAUCUCCCUCUCACCAGCUUCCAUAUGGAGAGCGAGAGACCCACGAGCAGUGAGGAGACGCCACCCAGCCACGCUGGACUGGAGGAGCAGGAGGAAACACCAGGACGCCCGGAUGGAGGAGAGGAGGAAGAGGUUUCUAACAGGUUUAGCCCAUCUCCAGAACCUGCCAGUAUGACAGCACGAGGCUGGUUUCGCAGGAAGCCCGUCCACCGGCUGGCUGGAGCUCAACGGACCAGCUAUGACCUACGAGAACGCAUCUGUAUAGGCAGCAUGACAGCCAUAGAAACCGCGGUGUACCAGAAAGUACCUACAGACGAGGCGGAGGCUCAGAUGCUAGCUAGCGCUGACCUGGAUGACAUGAAAAGUCACCGUUUUGAGGACAAUCCUGGGGUUAGGCGUCACCUCGUCAAGAAAUCAUCACGCUGUCAAAUACCACGAACCAGCAAUAGCUCACCUCCUCUGUCCAGCCUGAAGAUUAGGAAGAGGAUGGACAAGAAAACUCAUGAGGUCUUUGUGGAGCUCAAUGAGCUAAUAGUGGAUAAGAACCAGGAGAUGCGCUGGAAAGAGACGGCACGUUGGAUCAAGUUUGAGGAAGAUGUGGAGGAGGAGACAGAUCGCUGGGGUAAACCACAUGUGGCCUCGCUGUCCUUCCGUAGCCUGCUGGAGCUCCGCAGGACCAUCACACAUGGUGCCAUAAUGCUAGAUCUGGAUCAAACCACACUUCCUGGCAUCGCCCACUUGCUGGUGGAAACCAUGAUAAUCUCAGACCAGAUCAGAGCCGAAGACCGAGCCAACGUGCUGCGAGCCCUGCUGCUCAAACACAGUCACCCCAAUGAUGAGAAAGAAGGCCUUUUCCAUCGGAACCACUCUGUCAACAGUCUGGGUGGCUUUCGUCACAACCACAAUCAUGUUCACGACACCAGCCUGCCCUUGGUAUCCCAGGAGCACGAGGAGAUGCACGACAGCAAAGCGGCAGAACAUGACAAAGAGAAAAGCAUCCACCCUGUCCCAGCUGAGGGACACGCUGCCGCCAGAUCUAUGAAACUCCUGGCAAAGAUUCCCAAGGAUGCCGAGGCCACUGUGGUCUUAGUGGGAUGUGUGGAGUUCCUAGAGAAGCCCACGAUGGCCUUUGUCCGGCUGAACGAAGCCGUGCUGCUAGAGUCCGUUCUGGAAGUCCCCAUCCCGGUUCGGUUCAUUUUUGUGCUGCUGGGCCCCACACAGAUCAACAUGGACUAUCAUGAGAUUGGACGCUCCUUCUCCACCCUCAUGUCUGAUAAGAACUUCCACGAAGUCGCAUACUUCGCCGAUGAUCGACAGGACCUGCUUAAUGGCAUCAAUGAGUUCUUAGACUGCAGUAUUGUAAUUCCACCAUCAGACGUUGAGGGAAAAGACCUGCUGAAGACCGUGGCCUCCUUCCAGAAGCAGAUGCUUCGUAAGCGAAGGGAGAGGGAGCUUAAAAAAUGCGGCAGUACUGUGACGGGAGCUGAGCAGGAGACCAAAGGUGGAACACUUACUGAAUUUGUUAUAACAUGUUCAAGUUUGUCUGUUCUGGUAAUGUUGACCUGUUCUGUUUAUGUUGUAGAUGUGAGUACAGAUGAGCAGGAGGAGGAGGAUCAGUUUGAUGUUGACCCUCUCAAGCGCUCUGGUAUUCCCUUUGGAGGUCUGAUCCAUGAUAUCCGCCGCCGUUAUCCACGCUACAUAAGUGACCUGAAGGAUGCCAUGGACACACAAUGUUUUGCUGCUGUCAUUUUUAUUUACUUUGCUGCUCUUUCACCCACUAUCACCUUCGGAGGUUUAUUAGGUGAGAAAACACAAGGCAUGAUGGGAGUCUCUGAGCUCAUCAUCUCCACGGCGACAGUGGGAGUGCUGUUCUCCCUGCUAGCAGGACAGCCUUUGCUCAUAAUUGGCUUCUCUGGACCACUUUUGGUCUUUGAGGAGGCUUUUUAUAAGUUCUGCCAGGCGCAGGGCUUCGAAUAUCUCACGGGCCGAGUGUGGAUCGGGUUCUGGCUCAUCUUCAUUGUCCUAGUGAUCGUGGCAGCUGAGGGAAGCUUCCUCGUGCGCUACAUCUCUCCAUUCACCCAAGAGAUCUUUGCGUUUCUCAUCUCUCUUAUUUUCAUCUUUGAAACCUUCUCUAAACUAAUUAAGGUGUUUCAAGAGCACCCUCUGAUGAAGAGCUAUCCUUCGGCUUUUGUACUGCCUGACCCUCAGGGGAAUAGUGUGAUUAGGGAAGCCAUCCUCAACCAGCCCAACACAGCCCUGCUGUCCUUAGUGCUCAUGAUAGGAACCUUCUUUGUGGCUUUCUUUCUGCGAAAAUUUCGUAACAGCAGAUUCCUUGGUGGAAAGGCAAGACGAAUUAUUGGUGAUUUCGGGAUUCCUAUCUCUAUACUCAUCUCUGUGCUGGUGGACUGCACCAUUCCUGAUACAUACACGCAGAAGCUGAACGUCCCCUCUGGUUUCUCGGUCACAUCUCCGGACAAACGGAGUUGGUUUGUCAGUCCGUUUGGAGAUAAACAGCCUUUCCCUGUUUGGAUGAUGGGGGCCUCAGUGAUCCCGGCCCUGCUGGUUUUUAUCCUCAUAUUCAUGGAGACUCAAAUCACCACCUUGAUAGUGUGCAAGAAGGAGCGACGUUUGGUCAAGGGUUCUGGUUUUCAUCUCGACCUGCUUCUAAUAGUGACUUUGGGAGCUAUCUGCCCGCUCUUCGGUCUGCCCUGGCUGACUGCCGCCACUGUGCGCUCGGUGACUCACGUGAAUGCUCUGACAGUCAUGAGCAAAGCCACUGCCCCCGGAGAAAAGCCCAUGAUCCAAGAAGUUAAAGAGCAGAGGGUGACGGGGAUGUGUGUGGCUAUCCUAGUGGGGUUGUCUAUAGUGAUGACAGAUGUGCUGCGUCAUAUUCCUCUGGCUGUGCUGUUUGGGAUAUUUCUGUACAUGGGCAUCACGUCUCUUACUGGUAUCCAGCUUUAUGAGCGAAUCACACUCAUGGUCACCCCGGCUAAACAUCACCCGGACCACAUCUAUGUUACCAAGGUGAAGACAUGGCGUAUGAAUAUGUUCACCAUCAUCCAGUUGUUGUGUAUCGCCCUGCUGUGGGUGGUGAAGUCGACUGUAGCCUCUCUGGCUUUUCCCUUCAUCCUAAUUAUGACCGUACCUCUGCGUAGACUCAUCCUGACCAGGAUCUUUGAGGAGAGAGAGCUUGCAGCGUUGGAUGCUGAUGAGGAUUCGCCCAAUUUUGAUGAAGAUGGACGGGAUGAAUACAACGAGAUCCACAUGCUUGUCUAGACACAGGUCACAUGGCUCACCUCUUCACUGACCAAUCGAAUACAGGUCUUUGGAUAGUGGGAAAGAUGAACUCUGAUGCACUGCCCUCUUUCAGAAUUAUUACAUGUGUACUUUGAAAUUUUGUAAACCUCCAUUAUAUAUAGAAUUACAGAUCAUGUUUUGGAUACUAUUAUUAGUUUUCCUUUUUCUCUUAGUUUUCCCCCCUCCAAAACGUGGCCUACAUGUUUGUCUGCUGCUGCCCAGUGACCUUUAAAUUUAAGAUUAGAGACAACCCAGGCACCUUAUACGAUCUCCCAAAGUGCAAUGAUGGUGAGACUAAUCCAAUAGGUUGGUUCUUACACCCCCUAUUCACCCCAUCCUAAUGCACUGCACCCAUCCGGACCAGACCUACUGCCUGUAGAUCUUAGUUGCCUUGUACUGUACUGUAGGUGUUGACCACAGGGUCUGAAUAUUACAGUAGCAUGACCCCUCAGUGCCCUUAAAGUGGACAGUCCUUUUGCUGUACAGUUCCAUUGCUUAAAGACAGUAGUGCAAUCCCUUUAGACGUACUUUAUGCAGUAGUGCUAUUACUUUGAUCAGUAUAUUACAAUAAUAAUAAACAAAAAUGGUUGAUAUCUCCAUGAUUUCCCUUCCAAACAGAUUUAAUUCUGAAAGUGCAUUUUAUUUUAUUUUAGAAGUUGUCUAGCUCUCCAUUUUCCUUCCAAACAGAUUUCCUUCUAAAAGUGCAUUUUUUAUUUUGUUUAUUUAGUUAUUUUUUGUCCAUUAGAAGUUUUUUAGCUAAUACAUGAUUUCCUUUCCAAACAGAUUCACUGCUAAAAAAUUAUUUUAUUUUGCUAAUUUUUGAAAUGAAUUUAUUUUUUAUUAAUUUUCAUUUUAUUUUGGUUUAUUUAUUCUGAAGGUUCCCAAAAUAAUUUAUUCUUUUUUUUUGAGCACCUCAGCUUUUUUAACUGCUAUAUAUACAUUUAGCAUCUAGAAUUUAUAUAGGAUUUAUUGCCCAUUUUGUUAUUAUUAUAAAUAUUGGUGUUUGUGUGCGUGUUUUCACUAUAGACCUUGUCAGUGAACUAAUUCCUUUCCUUAUGCUGUCAUACUGCAGUCGAUUCGGGAACAGUUCAGCUGAAAUAGGUUAAAGCCAUAGAAACUUGAAUUUCGUUGAUUACAUAAUUGUUAACUUUUUCAGUCAAUGCUAUUCCAAAGGCUGUCAAACUGCCAGUGUGAAUGGAUGCACUUAUCUUUGGCUUCAGAGAUUCAUGCUGCCAAAUUGUUAAGCAGGGCCAUGGAGGGUAUAGCGACAAAUUUCCGCUGUUUUAAAAGAAAGCGCAUGCCAUUUUAAAAUCCUUGUUAAUACAGCAAAUCCAUGUUUCCCUUGCAUUAAAGCCUUUAAAUGUGAUGUGUUAAUUUUCUGUUAAAAUACGUUUUACAAACCCCAAAUUCAUAUGCAACACCAUAAAAACAUUGUUUGAGCAUCCUAACCAACCCAACACAAUCAGCCAAUGGGUUGAGUUUGGAACAGGACUAACAGUUUGACCGACCAAUUGGAGAACUUUUGAGUCACCUGUUUGCAAUUCUAUUUGGAGAAAAAAAGAAAUUACGCAUUUCGCCUUUAACAUCUUCAUCAGUCCCUUUGGGAAAUUCCCUGUGAACAAAACAGUCUCAUAACAGACCUGAAAACAGGAAGAAUCGUUCCAUUACAGUCAUGUUUUGAGUGCGGACAAUUGCCUUUGGAGAAAGCCACCCUUUUGGACUGUAAAUAUCAGGCCGUUCAUGCGUGUAUUGAAUUUGUUUGUGCGUAAUACAGACUUCUGGGCCUAGUCACGCUAGACUAGCUCAUUUCAUCACAAACACAUAUUCCACAUGUGUUUCUUUUUUCUCGUAGUUUCCCGGUUUUUUAGUGUAAAAACAAGAGGAAAUUGUGCAAUAUAGGAAUAUCUGUCACGCAGUCCUGUGCUACUCUGAAUAGAUGUUUAGUUUCUUGGAAAGCACAAGCCUAAGUGUUGCUCUCGAGCCUGAGAGCAGUAAGUGGAGAUCUGUGGUUGUGAAUGACAGGUCUUUGAAGCACUUAAUAUGCAGCCACACGUCAGACAUGUUUUACCAUGUAACUUUAGUUGAGCCAUCGGGAUAGCUGUGUGUGGAUGCCAAAAGAGUAAACCGAUGGUGAAAUGUUGGUUUUAAUUUCUUCCUCUCAGCAUUUAUCAUUACGGAUGUAGCUGAGAGAUGAAAUUAGAUGAGGACAAGCUGUCUGUGAUGCUGUCGAAUCAGAUCUCUAGUGUGUGAAGCCUUUGGCAGGCUCAUCACAUGGCAAGCAGCAGAUCUUAGCUUUAGCAACAAAUGUUAGUUUCCCAAAGACAAAUGUUAUUGCUUACAGUAGAUGUGAUUAUUUUUAGGUUUCACGUAAGAUAAAUGAAAAAUGGCUUUCUAUUUCUGAUGAAAUUGGCUUUUUAAUGAGAUGGAAUAUAAGGCGGGACUUGAAUUUUUCCAUGAUUUAACUGCAUAGUGAAAAGUGAGCAUUAAAAGGCCAAAAUUGAGACAGGUGGUGAAGGGGUGGGGCCAAAAUAUAAGAGCACUUAGUGAUGUCAGCAAAAAGAAAAUAAUAAUUUCAUAGGCAGAGUUGUUUUUUUUUUUAAUUAUGUUCACUGAGGCCAGGAUUAUUCCUAAUUAAGUAAGUAGGAUUCAUUUUCACUUGGUCUGAAUAGAGAUAGUGUGGUCUUGAACUGAUUUGAAAGUUUUCUCCAUUUGUUUUCUUAUUGCUUGAGAAAUGAUAAUAUAGAGAUAUUGAAGAGUUAUACGGUCAUUCUAAUAGCUGUUGUCUGCUGGGAUUUUGUUAGUUUCUUGUAUAACUUGAAGAUAUUUGUUGCGUUAUGGACGGUAUGAAGUUUAUUGCACUGCCACUGCUGCUCACACUGCCAUCACACUCGAUCUCUGCAGGCUUGCUUUUGGUUCUCUGAGUAAAUGCAAUCCAUGCAACAGAAGGAAUAAGUGAGAUGCUUUUUUCACAGGAUUUUGGGUUUGGAAUUUGUCGAUCUUCAUCUUCCACUGUGAAUUAGCACUAAAACGCUAAGUUGCACAGGUCUGUCUAUUGCACUAUUUACAUAAUUGGUUUUGAUCCACGGAUUGUGAACAUACAGGCCCGAAUUUGUAGUUGUGUCAUUUAACAGCUCAAGCAGUGAAGUUUUGGACAUGCCUUAUUUUAUGUGUUGGUUUUUGUACUAUUAUUUGUCUGUCUAUAGAAGUCCUUGAAGCAAUUUUGAGCUUGUCAGACACAUUAGUACUUAGUAGUUUAGCUGCCAUCUUGGAUUUUUUAAUAAAAAAUAUCUGCCGCUUACAAACUUUAGAUCAGUUAAAUGGAUAGUUAACCUAAAAACUAAUUCUGUGUACUUCAAAGCCUAUUUCUGACUUUUUCUUGUGGGACUUGAAAGACAUUUUGAGACACAAAGGAAGUCAAUUGGCUCCAGUGUUGUUUGGUUCCCAACGUUCUACAA